CGCCAUGGAAACUGCGUUACGCUCCGGGCACCCGGAGAAGAAAACAAGAGUGAGUGAGUGGAGUCCUCAUUUCAGCACCGAGCGCCUCGUGGACAGCGCCCGGGUGAAGUGGAACCCCAUCACAUGUCUGGUCAGGUACAGAGCCGCAUGCAGAAGCAGCAGCGAGCCUCGCCAGCCUGGGUCGAGACUUCCCAAAUUAAAAUCAACACUCUCCUCAGCCCAUCUCAGCGUGACUCAGGGUGGUUCCACGCGGUUUGAUCCCAACAGCGAGAACAGGAGCCAGUGGCUCUGCUACAGCAACAGCAGCAUGUCUGAAUUCAAAUCCAGUCAGCGGUUCCACAGCCUGAAGCCUGAGCAAGUGGCAGUUCUCCAUCAGGUUCUAUCAGACAUUGUUCCCAUCCACGGCCGUGGGAACUUUCCAACACUGAAGCUUCGUCCUCGAGACAUCAUCAUUGCUGUACGGGCUAGUCUGCAGAAGCAGGGGAUCAUGGUGAGAGACGUGCGUUUAAAUGGCUCCACAGCCAGCCAUGUUCUGGUUCAAGAUAACAGAAUGAGCUACAAAGACCUGGAUAUCAUUUUUGGGGUGGAGCUGCCCAGUCAGGAAGAGUUCCAGGUGAUCAAAGAGUCCGUACUUGGUUGCUUGCUGAACUGCCUGCCAGCAGAGGUCAACAGAGAGAGGAUCAGCAGUGCAACGAUGAAAGAGGCCUAUGUCCAGAAGAUGGUCAAAGUCUUUAAUGACCAGGACCGCUGGAGCCUCAUCUCAUUGUCAAACAACAGCGGCAAAAACCUGGAGCUCAAAUUUGUAAGCAUGCUGAGGAGGCAGUUUGAGUUCAGCGUUGAUUCCUUCCAAAUCAUUUUGGAUCGUCUUCUUGAAUCCUACCUGCAGGAGUCGCAGCACAAAUAUAAUAAUGUUAUACUGAAGGACCAAGAGGCAGAGACGAAAGAUGUGUCUUCUCUGCUUAAGGCCAGCACUACAGGAAAAGACAAAACCAAAUUUAAAAAUGUAUCCCUUUUAGAGAAAGGGGCUUACAACAGCAACACAGAGCUGAAAGAUGAGAUGCGUGGAAAAGAAAAUGCAAUACAAACGACAAAACACUCCACGCAGGAGGGAGAUAACAAAGACAAAACACCCACAGAGCUAAAAGAGCACAGAGCAAACCCUAAUGAACCCAAACUCCCUGGGCAUGCAUCUUUAAACCUGAUUGCAAUAGAGAAACAAACCACUGAAAUCAAAGAGGCUCAGUAUAAACGCAAAGAUGAGUUAUUGCCCUCAGACUCAACUGGACUAGUAUAUUUAAAUCACACUGCACCUUGUAAUGAACAGGAAGUAUUCACAGAUACUGUUGGACUGAAAAAAAAGCAACAGCCAACACCGACAGAGUCCGGAAGACUGACAGAGAACUGUAACAGCAAAGAAUCAUCCGAGAAAAAAAAGACCUCGAGGUCUGUGUGUUUGUAUAACCCAGAUGUCGACGCAUCACAAGUAAGGGCAGACGACAGUGUAGAGGAUGAAAAAAAAAUUAAAAUUGAUGUAGUGAUAGAUGCCAAGAUUAAAGGGGACAUGGAAAAAGGUGGAAUUUCAAAUGAAGUUUUAACACCGGAAGAAAAGCCAGACCAUAGGCAGGCUGAUGAAUGUGUUUGCGCCAUCGCCGUCACACCGCUUUCAUACAACAACACACUCGAAACACAGAGCACAGUACAGAUUGAAAAAUCACCUGACAAACCUGACAACACCGCGGAUACUCAGGACACACCUGCACCACCCGGCCUUGUUUCUGACAAAAAGACCUGCUGUCCUCCUUUUUGUAAGAGCUCAGAAAGACUCCCUCAUAUGGUGGUGCUAAAGCACUCGUCUCCAAAACCCCCACGUAGGAUGUGUAAAAAGGUUACCACCAUUCCUUACCCUGGCCCAGCUUUCAAGAGUGACUCCAAAACAGAUUCCAGUUUACAUCCAAACUCUUCCCCAGAUGAACCUGAUCUUAAUGGAGAGCUAAGACCAAAGCCCAGUCUUUUUACAGCGACUGGUUUAGACCCCACAACAAUCACAAUCUUGACUACAACAAGCCCUAGGCCUGAAAGCAACCCAAACAGUGACCUUUCAUCCAAUCUGGACUUCCCCUCCACUCCUGAUCCCGCCCCUGAUUCUGUUUCUAUUCUACCUCAGGAGCCAGAAUCGUCUCAUUUAAUCACUGAGUGUUUGUUUGUGACUGACAUUCAAAGCCAGGAGGAGAGACAACAAUUGCCUGAGCAAAGGCAGUCUUCCCCUACAAAUACUGCUCUGCAACUGAAACAAACAGAAUCCCCCAAUAGCCCGGAUUCAUUAGUUUCACACAUUGAUGAAUCCUGCUCAAAUGCUGAACAGGCCACACAUACCUCAGAAGCUGAAACCAAUGAUGAAGAGGAGAACAGGGAAUCAUUGGCCAAAUUAGAUCAGCCAAAUGGCAGCAAUGAAAAGACCACAACCCUACAAGAGACCCCUCCACCUCACUCACCUUCCUCCUCCCGCAGUAUCACCCCCCUUGUUUCUUGUCUUUCCCUCCCUGUACUCAGUUUCUCACCUCCCCGCUUCACCCCUUCACCCCCAAGUCUCAGCCCUCCACCAUGUGUGACUCCUCCCUCUCACUGCCUCCCGUCUGCGAUGCUAGACACUGCCAGCCCUGUGACCAGUUGCGGUUCUCCGCCCUUGAGCUUGAGCCCGACCUCAUCCUGCAUCAGUUCACCUGCUUACCUCACCCCACCUAUGCUUAGCCUCAGCCCUCCCCCUGUCUGUCCAACUCCUCCUUCUCCGUGCCUCAGCCCUCCCCUUCUCUGCUUCACUCCUCCAGUGGAAUCAGAGGAACCCAUGUUUCCGAUAUCCUCAGAUACAGGGCCUUUGAUAGACAAGUCAGACAAUGAUGAACAGAUUGUGGAGCCCUCUACAGUGCACGGAGACCCUGUCCUGCAACUUGAGGAUAAAAUAGAGCAGACUUACGUUUCUUUGUUGACUCAGGAUCCAGAGCCUGCCUCUUUUCCAAUCACACUUCCAAGUGCAACCUCACAUGCACUUCCACAGUCUCAGUGUGGAGAACCAACUGAACAUGCCCCCCAAAACACAGAUGAAGCAUUUAGCCCUUUGUCUGAGAACAAGGAGGCCCAGAAAACAACUGCAGACAUCACUGAAGAGAGCUCAGCUCUGCAAGCAGCAGGCUGUGUCCCUACUGUCGAGGUCCUGGCUGAGAGCAUGUAUGGUGACUUUGAGGCUGCCAUGGCCCACCUGCGCUAUCGCUUAAUUGCUACAAGGAAUCCUGAGGAGAUUCGAGGUGGCGGCUUGUUGAAAUACAGUAACCUACUGGUCAGGGAUUAUCGACCGGCUAGUGAGACUCAAAUAAAGACACUGGAGCGAUACAUGUGCUCACGCUUUUUCAUUGAUUUCCCUGACGUGCAGGAGCAGCAGAGGAAGAUCCUAUCCUACUUGAAGAAUCACUUCAUUGGUGAGGAGAGAAGCAAGUAUCAGUACCUAAUGACACUACGUCGUGUGGUUGACGACAGCACAGUGUGUCUGAUGGGCCAUGAGAGGCGUCAGACUCUCAACAUGAUCACAGUGCUGGCACUGAAGGUUCUAGGAGAACAGAACAUUAUCCCCAACACGGACCAUGUCACAUGCUUCUAUCAGCCUGCUCCGUACCUUGCAGAGCACAACACCCCCUAUAUAACAGAACCCAAUUACUGCAGCUACUACAUACCCCAAGGGGGAUCGACUCUACUUUACCAACCAUACCCCUUGCACUUGCACACACAGACGGGACUAGUUUAACUGUAAAGCAAACAUGCAUGACUAGCUAUACAAAACACACAGCAAAGGGAAAACCUGCUUGCAUGAGCGAGGAGCUGGAGAAUAGAAAUACCGUUUGGCCUAUAACCAACUUUUCGGGAGUGCAAGGGGUUGUACUUCCAUUUGUACUCUUAAGUUCAAACAAAAAAUGUAGUAAUGAUGAAAAAGAAAAUCUAGUAUUUUUCCUGAAAAUGCUGUGCACCAAUGACUCAACUCUUUGGUAUCCCUGGGACCAAAGACGGGUUUCUGACCUUCACGGACAUACAGAUGUACCUCCAGGUUUUUUGAUUCCUGUGUGUUCUUCUCCUGUUCUUACUGUGCAGUUCUUAAUACGUUUAGAAUGUGGACCUUGCCUGUGAUUAAUAUUGUAGUCCAUCAUGGGACUGUUCUCUCACUGCCAAAUACUGUGUGACUAUGUUCCUGAGACAGUUUAAUGUAACUUUGUUUUUCAUUUACUGAAGAUUUAAUUUUGAAUAAUUAUACAAAGGUGGAUUCAUCAGUUAGUGAAGUGUUAUAUUACAUCUACAUGCAUGCACACAUACUGCAUGAACACAUAUUGUAAAAUGUAUGGGAAGCCAGUCAAUGCAUGAGCAGCUAGAUUAACCGUACAUACAGUAUAUGACACAAUGCAAAGGCUUUUAAUUUAAUAGAAAUAUAUAUAUUUUUGCAAGACUUUCCAAGAUAAUACUCAGAGGCAAUCCUAGUGGUUCUUCAUAAAGCCUUUGCAAAAGACUGUACAGCAUAUAGGUUACAGUAUGUUGUGUGUGAAUUACAAUCCAUCAUUUUCAGGUAAACUGUGAGAAAAUAUGAUGGAUUCCUCUUGUUUGUGGAGUCCUAUAUGUAGUCAUGUGACCUACUGGAUGAUUUAGUUUACUCUACACAGGUGGUCAGGUUAUAACAAUCUUUUGGUCAUUUCUAAGCAUGGCUGAGGUAGAAGCAACUGCCUUUCAACUACUGACUCUUCUCAGAAUUAAUCAGUAUUCACGAUAUACAUGAUACAAUUCCAGAACAAUUUUAACCUAGUUUGAAUCUAAUUUAAAGCAACAGCAACUAUGACCAAAGAUGGUUGCAUUAAGUGCCUCAAUGGAAGAAAUACCUUUAUCUUACUGCAAUGGGGGUGUUUCAUAUAGGUCUGGACCUGGGUUGUAGGUUUUGUUUAAUUGUUGACCCCCAUCACUGCUGACCAUGUUGAUGUCUUCUUUAAUGUACUCAUUUGUUGUAGUUUAUUCAUGUACA